UAUAUAUAGUGCAUAUAUAUCCUUACUUUUGUACUAUUUCUGUAUGAGCAUAUCAAUAUUGUUUUCUCAACCGAUAAUCGAAAAUUUCAACUAGAUCACGAUUGAUUGAUUCAUAGAAGUCGAAAGAAAUCAUUAUAAUUUCAACAAAAUUUAAUCUAUGGCCGUGAAUUGUCUAACAGCUAUCUAUUCUAAUCUAUUCAACGUGAAUUAUCUAACAGCAAUGACAUCAUGACUAAUAAAACAAAAAAUAUUUUCAAGAAGCCGAUGUAGAACUGAGAUAAGAUAAAAUUUGAACUAGAUAUUGAGGUAUAUAAUGACUUGUUUGUUUACUUUUUUAAACAUUUAAAGUCGUGGCUGCUCCGUUUACAAAAAAAAGUAGAUUACUAUUAUGAAUCUAAUUAUUUUGAUAUUAAUACUACCAAUUAUUCACGGUAAUGAUCACUGUUCGAUAUCUUCGUCCAAAACAUGGAUUACAGAUGAGUCCAAAUGUGUCCAGGUUGAUAGAUUUCCGGAUGAUUUCCUAUUCGGAGCAGCUACGUCAGCUUAUCAAAGCGAGGGUGCUUGGAAUGUUUCAAACAAAGGGGAAUCUAUUUGGGAUAAACUGACUCACGAAAAGCCAUACACAGUGAAGGAUAAAACGAAUGCUGAUACAGCUGCAAAUUCUUACAAUUCGUACAAAACUGACGUCGAUUUGGUCAAACAACUUGGAGCAAAUUCCUACAGGAUUUCGUUGUCCUGGCCGCGAAUUCUGCCAACGGGUUUUGACAAUUACGUUAACGAAGACGGUAUUAGAUUUUACAAUGAUCUGAUUGACGAAAUGUUGAAGAAAAACAUAACUCCUUUCAUUACGAUUUACCACUGGGAUUUGCCAGCUACUUUAGAAGAUUUGGGCGGUUGGACGAAUCCGUUAAUCGUUGACUGGUUCGUUGAUUAUGCUAGAGUUGUAUUCAAUGCAUUUGGGACGAAGGUCAAAUUUUGGGCGACAUUCAAUGAACCAAUGUUCAAUUGUUACCAUGCCUAUAACGGGGUCUGGGCACCGAGAAAAAAUCAAUCUGGAGUUGGAGAUUAUCUUUGUGUCCAUCACACUUUACUGGCUCACGCUAAAACGUAUCAGUUGUAUAAUGAAAAUUUCCGUGAAACUCAAAAAGGUGAAGUAUCCAUCGUCUUAACGGUUUUUGAGACAGUUCCGGAAAACCCAAACGACCCAGAAGAAGUUAAAGCGAAUGAAUUUUAUUCAAAAUUUCGCAAUGACUGGAUGUUGCAUCCCAUUUUCUCAAAAGAAGGAGAUUACUCGAAAGUAAUGAAAAAGAAGAUCGCAAAGUAUAGUUCGAUUCAAGGUUUUUCUCGAUCAAGGCUCCCAGAGUUCAAAAAAGACGAAAUUGAUCUGAUAAAAAAUUCAGCGGAUUUUUUGGCUCUUAAUUAUUAUGUCGUUCUAUCCGUAACAAAGUUUAAAAAUUUAGAUGUAAAAAAAACAAUAUCUUUUGAUGCGGAUGCUGGCGCUCAUCAUCAUUUCAAUGCACCAGAUUCAGCACUCACAGGACACAAAAACGCAUGCUCAGUUAAAUAUUGUCACCCGUGGGGUCUGUCCAAACUCAUACGACGCAUAACGCGUAAAUAUGACAUUCCAAAGAUAGUCAUUGCCGAAAAUGGUUACGGGGACGAACGUAAUGUAAAAGGAUCAAAAGACAUUGACCGAGCAGAAUAUCACUAUUAUCAUCUGAAAGAACUUCUCAAGUUGAUAAAAGAGGGUAUUAAUAUCAAAGGAUAUUUUGCUUGGUCGUUAUUCGAUGUCUUUGAAUGGGAGAGAGGCUACACUGUCAACUACGGAAUUUAUGCAGUGAAUUUUACGGACCCAAAACGAACACGAACACCCAAAGACUGGUCACCAAAAUUAUUGAAAGAAAUUUAUACAACUAAAACUAUUCCUUCAUGUUUUUUGUCUUUCGUAAAUGAAAAUAAUAAUAUUUAAUGAUCAUGGCAAUGACUGCAACACAUGAAUAUUAAUUCAAAAUUAUUAUUGAUAAAUAAUGUGUACAUUAUUUUAAAUUAAUAAAAUAUUAUUAUCGA